AAAGGUGGCUUCGCAUCACACAAGGCAUCGUGCCCUCCCCUCGAGCUCUGUCCCCAUCCUCAUCUUAGCUCUCUCUAAUCCAUAGUAACUUCCCAUUUGACAAGACAAGCGAGAGGGGGUUACCGGUAGGCGACAACAUAAUACAGUAUGUAAUAACCCGACAUUCCCAAGUGAAAAAGCGAAAUGAAAGAGGACCCUUGGAGCUGCAACAGUUGCACCUAUCGGCACGAGUCACCUACAGAACGACAAUACCUCAGUUGUGCUCUUUGUAGUGCUCGCAAGAAUAAUAAUGAGCCACAGCGGAAGAAGACAUCAUCUCAUCACAAGUCGAGCCCAUCUUCAUCAUCAUCAAGCCACAGCAGCAGUAGUACCCGCCAAUACACACCCGAUACGAAGAGGAGGAAACGUCAGCUCUUGCUAUCCGAUGCCUUUCAGCAGCCGCCGAAACCAAACAUCCAGGGGACACGGAAGAAAUCGCCAACUGCUAAUACUACUACAUGUAUUCUGAAUGGACGUAGUAGCGUUGGUGAAGCCACAACGACUCGGAAUAAAACUGACAGUACUGAAAUCAACGGUGACGACAACAACACAAAGGAACAUCCAGUGAAAAGACGAAGUAUUCUAGAAGCACUCAAGCCAUGUAGUGCUUCUUCCUUUGUGCCUCCGGCACGGUAUCGAGAUUCACCCAAGGAGGAUUGGACUACCAUUUCCCUCUCGCAAAUUCCAACCCUCUGUCCCAUGACGGUGAUCCACAAUGUGCUGCCCCUCCAAGUGGCCAACAGCCUACUCGCACAGCUGGAGCAAGAAUCUUCUUGUUGGAAUCGGGGAAAUUGGAUCAUUCACGGCAAAGAACACCAAAUACCUCGCACCACAGCAACCUAUCAGCUGCUGCAAGACAAUGAUGACACGCUCCUGAUGGACGAGGAAUACCUCGACAACAAUCCACAACGACCGGUUAGUCCGGAAUUACGACAGGCAGCCACCGCUAUUGCGCAACGGGUGCAAGAACAGCACUCCCAACCAAAAUGGGAACCAACCUUUUGUCUGGCCAAUCGGUAUGCCACUGGACAAGACUGUGUCGGAUGGCACGCCGAUCACAUUACACCUCUGGGACCGCGACCCAUCAUUGUCGGCUUGUCCUUGGGUGCCUGUCGUCGCUUUGAGCUGCGACAUGCUUCCGCAACAAGUGGUCGCCAUGUCAGUGUCCCCCUACCGCACAAUUCCAUUGCAAUCAUGUGGAACGAUGCGCAAGAAUCCUGGCAACAUGCCGUUCCGCGGUGCAGCAGUAAUAGUCUGAUGCAACAUGCUACCGUGGGGCAUGUCCGCAUCUCCUUGACGUUUCGGAUGCAACGCCAUCUUCCCAAUUUGGGCAAAUGUCAUUGCGGCCGACCGGUCGGAUUAAAGGCCAAAGAUGGAGCCUACUACUGUUUUUGUCGUCCCUAUGGAAAAGACAAGCACCGAACGUGUGGGUUUUGGAAACGAUGUGGCUGGGCCGAACAGGAAGCACAACGAUUGAUUCGUCUGGAAUCUUGCCAGAGUGAGGAACAGCUACAAAAAUAGGGUGACAAAGAGAAACUACCGGUAGGUAGCUACCUGCUAGUAGGGAGGAGAGAAGUGGCUGGCAAGCAAGAGUCUGGUAGAAUCCCAGCGGACGAGACUAUGGAGUCAUCCGCCUGAGAAGACAAGAACGGCCAAGCUGUGAACAGCAAAUGAUGGCUUGAUUUCUUUGUCUUCCGUCGUAGAUAAUGGCUUCUCUACCACCUGGCUAACUUCUACUUCUACUCGUAGCUAAUAGAUAGAGGACUGGAUAAGGACGGCUUUGUUGUAGUUUGCGGCCAUCUUCCAGGUGUCCAAGCAGCACUCUCCGACAAGGCAAUCCAUUCUUGACGGCUUAUCUUCCAGUUGUCCAAGACUCACUACAUGUACAGCGUACGAUGUACGGUACUCUCCGAUCUGAGACCUCUCUGGGGGGUGCCUCAAAUCAAUCUUCUCUGUUUGAAUAUACCCCCAACCACCUGAAUACUGUCAUGCAAGCAAUCGCUAAAAAUAGGCACAACGGACACAAUGAAGCGGCAGAGAGUGGUUAAGAGUGGGUAAGCGUGGUAAAGAGCGGUCGAGGGUGGUCGAAGGCGGUAAACAAACGGUAAAAAGGCGGUAAAACAGGCGGUUGAAGGCGGUUGCAGGCGCUUGCAGGCGGUUGUAGGCGGUGGAAGAUGGUUAAAGAUGGUUAAGACAUAAAAGACUUAAUUAAAGGAAUUGUCCAAUAAAACAGGAAGGUGGG